AUGAGAACUUACUUUUGCAUAAAAUCGAGCAUCGAAUCUGCUCUGGUUUGGCAGCAGUGCAAAGAGCUAUGGGGGAAGUUUAUUUUCUGCAGAGCCACCUCUCUUAGAAGCAGUCAGUGCGUAGUGGAAGAUAUCCAAGUAAAGAUGCCGUUCUCCCAUCGUGGGUCCAAGAGAGGCCAGCGGUCUAAGACCUAUGAGGCCAACCAGCACACGGAGCCCGGCUCCUGCAGCCUGAAGGAGCUCAGCUCCCUCAUGGAGCUCCGAGGCAUCGAGGGCAAAGAGAAAGUUGAACAAUUGUAUGGCGACAUGAACGGGCUGUGUUCACGUCUCCGCACCUCGCCCACUGAAGGUUUAGAUGGAACCGUCGAUGACAUUGAGAGGAGAAAGCAGGAGUUCGGUCCGAACACAAUACCUCCAAAGAAACCCAAAACUUUUUUACAGUUAGUGUGGGAGGCGCUGCAGGACGUCACACUCAUCAUCCUCGUCGGGGCAGCUGCAAUCUCUCUAGGCCUUUCAUUUUACCAUCCGCCUGGAUCCGAACGGCUAAGUUGUGGCAGUGCAGCCGGCGGUGUGGAGGACGAGGGCGAGUCGGAGGCCGGCUGGAUCGAGGGAGCGGCCAUCUUGCUAUCCGUGGUGUGCGUCGUCUUAGUAACGGCCUUCAAUGACUGGAGCAAAGAGAAGCAGUUCAGAGGCCUUCAGAGCCGCAUCGAGCAGGAGCAAAAAUUCACUGUUGUCCGAGCCGCGCAGGUCACGCAGAUCAAGAUAUCCGAGAUCGUGGUCGGAGACAUUCUACAAAUCAAAUAUGGCGACCUUAUUCCUGCUGACGGGAUUCUGCUCCAGGGAAACGACCUGAAGAUCGACGAGAGUUCUUUGACCGGAGAGUCUGACCACGUGAAGAAGACGUUUGAUAAAGACCCCAUCAUGCUCUCAGGCACUCACGUGAUGGAGGGCUCUGGGAAGAUGGUGGUGACGGCUGUGGGGGUGAACUCUCAGACCGGGAUGAUCUUUAUGCUGCUGGGGGCCGAGGAGGAGGAGGUCAAGGCCGAAAAGGACAGCAACGACAAUGACAAAAGCAAGAAGAACAAGAAGAUGAGUAAAAAAGACAAAAAGAGCAAAAAGGAGGACAAGUCUAAAAAAGACAAGCAGAAGGCUGGUGCAAAUGUGGAGAUGCAGCCGCUCAAAGGGGAAGAACCGGAGAAAAAACACAACCCACACAAAAAGGAGAAGUCUGUUCUGCAGGGGAAGCUCACCCGACUGGCUGUGCAGAUUGGCAAAGCAGGUCUGUUCAUGUCUGUCCUCACGGUAAUCAUCCUCAUUGUUCGGUUCGUCAUUGACACGUUUGCGGUUCAGCUCGUACCGUGGAACAAUGAGUGUGUGCCCAUCUAUAUACAAUUCCUUGUCAAGUUCUUCAUCAUCGGAGUGACAGUCCUUGUGGUGGCUGUGCCGGAGGGGCUGCCGCUCGCCGUCACCAUCUCUCUGGCCUACUCUGUCAAGAAAAUGAUGAAGGACAAUAACCUGGUGAGACACUUAGAUGCGUGUGAGACCAUGGGGAACGCUACGGCAAUCUGCUCGGACAAAACAGGAACGCUGACCAUGAACCGCAUGACUGUGGUGCAGUGCUACAUUGCUGGGCAGUACUUCAGGAGUGUCCCGCCUCCCGAUUCAAUCCCUCACAACUCCAUGGAGCUCCUCAUCAAAGGCAUCGGGGUCAACUGCGCCUACACCACCAAGAUCAUGCCUGCUGAGAAAGAGGGAGGACUGCCUCGGCAAGUAGGAAACAAAACAGAGUGUGCCCUCCUGGGGUUUGCCAUAGACCUGCGCCGCGAUUACCAAACCAUCCGCAACCAGUAUCCGGAGGAGACGCUGUUCAAAGUGUACACGUUCAACUCUGUGAGGAAGUCCAUGAGCACUGUGCUGCGCAACCACAACGGUGGCUACACCAUGUUCAGCAAGGGCGCCUCAGAAAUCCUCCUGAAGAAGUGCUGUAGGACCUUGUCCUCUGGGGGAGAGGUGAAGACCUUCCAUCAGCGCGACAGAGAUGCGAUUGUGAACAGUGUGAUUGAGCCCAUGGCGUCUGAAGGCCUGAGGACCAUCUGCUUGGCCUACAAAGAGUUCUCCGCCUCAGAGGGAGAACCUGACUGGGACGAUGAGGCCCAUAUCCUGACGGGACUCACCUGCAUCUGCGUGGUUGGCAUUGAAGACCCCGUCCGACCGGAGGUGCCUGAUGCCAUUAGGAAAUGCCAGCAGGCCGGUAUCACUGUGCGGAUGGUCACUGGAGACAACAUCAACACGGCUCGAGCCAUCGCCACCAAGUGCGGCAUCCUUCAUCCAGGAGAAGACUUCCUGUGUCUGGAAGGAAAAGAGUUCAACCGACGAAUCCGGAACGAGCUCGGAGAGAUCGAACAGGAGCGGAUAGACAAGAUCUGGCCCCGACUCAGAGUCCUGGCUCGCUCCUCGCCCACCGACAAACAUACUCUAGUCAAAGGAAUCAUCGACAGCACAGUCCUGGAGCAGAGGCAGGUUGUAGCAGUGACAGGAGACGGAACCAACGACGGCCCCGCCCUUAAGAAGGCCGAUGUGGGCUUUGCUAUGGGCAUCGCGGGGACAGACGUUGCCAAAGAAGCGUCUGACAUUAUCCUGACCGACGACAACUUCAGCAGCAUCGUGAAGGCCGUGAUGUGGGGGCGAAAUGUAUACGACUCCAUCUCCAAGUUCCUCCAGUUCCAGCUCACCGUGAACGUAGUGGCUGUGACCGUAGCCUUCACAGGAGCCUGCAUCACCCAGGACUCUCCGCUGAAGGCCGUGCAGAUGCUGUGGGUGAACCUCAUCAUGGACACGUUUGCGUCGCUGGCUUUGGCCACGGAGCCGCCCACCGAGUCGCUCCUGCGCCGCAACCCCUACGGGCGCAAGAAACCACUUAUCUCACGCACCAUGAUGAAGAACAUCUUUGGACACGCCGUCUACCAGCUCUGCAUCAUCUUCAGCCUCCUCUUUGUCGGUGAGCACAUGUUUGACAUCGACAGUGGCAGAAACUCUCCUCUGAACUCGCCUCCAUCUGAACACUACACUAUCGUCUUCAACACUUUCGUCCUGAUGCAAAUAUUCAAUGAACUCAACGCCCGAAAGAUCCACGGAGAGAGGAACGUGUUCGACGGCGUCCACAGAAAUCCCAUCUUCUGCAGCAUUGUCGUGGGAACACUGGGAGUGCAGAUCAUCAUUGUUCAGUUUGGGGGGAAGCCGUUCAGUUGUGUUCCUCUCAGCGCUGAACAGUGGCUCUGGUGUGUGUUCUUCGGCUUCAGCAGCCUUCUCUGGGGACAGGUGGUGACCAGUGUCCCCACACGGAUGCUCACGUGCCUGAAGCCGGCGGGACACAACACUCAGAGAGACGAGAUCCCAGAGGAGGAGCUGGAGCCGCAGGAGGACGACUUUGAGAUCGACCAUGCGGAAAUGGAGAUGAAGAAGAGCCGUGUGCUGUGGUGUCGAGGACUCAGCCGCAUUCAGACACAGAUCCGUGUGGUGAAUGCCUUCAGGGACAGCGUGUCUCCGUACGAGGGUCUGGAGACACCAGAGUCACGCAGCUCCAUACAUAACUUCAUGACGCACCCUGAGUUCCGAAUCAACGACUCGGAGACGCAGAUCCCCCUCAUUGACGAGGUGGAUGAGGAUGAGCCGCCCACCAACCGGAACUCUGUGCACGGCCCUCCGCAACUCCCACACGGGGCCAACAACAACAACAACACGGCCCCCGAACGCAUAAUCACGGGGCCACAGCUGCUGUCGGAGUCCAGGAACUCCACCCUCCAGCGCUGCCCUGGGAGCCCCCUCCACAGCCUCGAGACCUCCCUCUAA